CUAUGUAUGAGGGAGAGGGCACUCAUCUUCCUCGGCCUCUCGUCGGCUCGCCAUUGAUAGGUCAAGACUCAAGAGCAUACCUACCUCUAAGUACGAGGUAAGAACCGCUCUGGUAUUGCCUGUGCCUGGCCCAUUACUGCGCCUAGGCGAAUGGAGCCGGACCAUGCGCUAGAACAGGUAAUAUGGGCCAUCGCUGUUAUCGAACCGCAGUUUUGGGGUCGUUUGCCUAUGCGUAUUGCAGUACACACCUGCUCGCCUUCCUCGACUGCCGCGUACAGAACGCCUCGCCCAUGCAUUCGACAUUCGUUCUAUUGCAUGCGCGUACCCCAUCGCAUAGAACUACAGUCUCAAAAUGGUCCAAAUGGAUCCGUCAGGUUCCUGAUAAUGAGCUCUUUUGGUGUGUCCUAAUCCCUAUGCGAUUAGCUCGACUCCUUUCCCACGUGGCAAGGGACUUUUUCGACGAAUACCCGUCGAGUUGGCAUUGUAUAUAACCUUUAGUGGCUGCACCUCUCCCUUCGAUUGUCGAAGAACCAUCCCACUUCUACUUUCGUUAAUAC